ACAGCGCUGGCGCAGACGUGGCACAGCGUUACGCUGAGGUGGUCUUCUUCCAUUCAGUUAGCGUGAAAGUAGCAUAGCAGUGCUCCAGUUGAACCCCAGGGACAAUACGUGCCCAUUCAGACACAACAAUGAUUCGGAUAGCCGCAUUCCUCACGCUGCUGGUAGUCUUCUGCUCCGGAGAGAGUUGCACAGACCCAAUCAUCACUCCGUCGGCCUACACCACUUCUGACGCUGUCAUCUCGUCAGAGUCCGUCUUCAUCGUUGAACUGAGCCUGACUUGUGCCAACGGAGCCCAGAGUGUGACUCUCUAUGCUGAUGUCAAUGGAAGACAGUUCCCUGUGACUAGAGGCCAGGAUGUUGGCAAAUAUCAGGUUUCAUGGAGUCUUCCUCACAAGCAGGCCAGCUCUGGAACAUAUCAGGUCAAAUUUUUUGAUGAGGAAUCUUACAGUGCCCUGCGUAAGGCCCAGAGAAACAACGAAGAUGUAAAUGCCAUUCAGCCUCUCUUCUCUGUCAACAUUGACCAUAGAGGAGCAUGGAGUGGUCCAUGGGUGUCAACUGAGGUGGUGGCUGCCCUGGUUGGUAUCUUGGUCUACUACUUGGCCUUCACUGCUAAAAGCACCAUCCAGGCAUGAACUGAUACACAAUCACCUUUUGAUCACUGGAUCUUGAAAGACUGAAUUCUGGUGGAGCUCAGCUACCAACCCAUCGUGAACCUACAGGAUUUUGCCACUCUGUCUGAUUUGGGGCAAAAAGCAAAAGUAGCAGUCUUUUUUUUUUUUUUUUUUUUUCUUCAGACUGUGUCUCUGCAACUAAUUAUGACCAGUUUUCAGAUUAUUUUUGAAUAAUAAUCGUUGUCAAUGGAUUGUUUUUUUUCUUCUUUUUUUUUAUUGUCAGACCAAUAACCUGGACUUUUAGGGCUUGUUCGGUAUUCAGCGCUGCCUAAUAGAUGUUGAUUCAUCCGGACUAGAUCACACGUCUGUGUGGGUUCACUUGCCAAAGUGGAACUUGUAGAGAUGUUUUGAGCAACAACCGAGUUAGGCCUUCCAUCCGCAUGUUAUUAUGUGACAAUGCUGGCUGGCUUGAACAGGCCUUUAUAGGCAUGUUCCUCCAGGGAAAUAAAUAAAUGGUUUGUUCUAUUUCCAGUGUAAUGUGUUGGUUCUGCUCACCGAUAAAUUCCUUUUUCUCCAAGGUGGACAGGAAAAUGUAUGGUGUUCUACAUAAACAUCCUGUAAAGUUUCCUUUUUUUAAAUUAGUUGUUUGCCAAAUUUAAAUUGUCAGUAACAGUUCCCUGAACUCAUCUAAAUCAAGCCGUAGCCACAUCCAAGCAGAUUUAUAUUUCAGACUAAUUGCAACAGAGAUGUAAACUAAAGAACCACUUUUUAUUAUUAUUAUUAUUUUAUUUAUUUAUUUUUAUCAAUUUCAACUAUGAUUCCGAAGAAUUUUGGCAAAGAUUUAUUCCUACUUUAUAAAUGGAAUAUGUUUAAAUACUUAAAGGUCUGGGGAAAAAAUCAGUUGUUGCUGUAAACCUACAAAGCUUAAAUGAGGCUUUAAUAUCAUUGUACAGGAAACUGUAUAAUAUUAAAAUGCCACAACUGAACAUGCAAAUUAAAGACAAACACAAAAUAAAACACAAGAUAAAAGGCACAAAGAAGUGUCACAAUCUGACAAAAAUAAUUAAAAUGUAUUAAAAAGCAGUGUAAUAAAUAGAGAAUAAAUAAUAAAACUUAUAAAUCAGACUUAUUGUCAUUAUACAGGAAACUGUACAAUGAUAUUAAAAUGCCAGAACUGAAGGUACAAUAAAAACUGAUAAUGUAUAUUCUUCCUGAUGGCAGCAGACUGAACAGAGGGUGUAGCUGAAAUUUACUCGGACGUGAUGGAUAGUUAAAUAGCCUCUGUACUUGUGUUUCCUCUCAGACUUCAGUAGUGUAAUGCCACCAGUUGAACACACUGGGGCAUCUCUGUUCUGCUUUUUAAGUCUCAACAGCAUACAUAUGAUAGUUGCAGGUUGAGAAUAAGCCGUUGCUAAUGUAAUGCAACACAAUGCAUAAUGUACUCGUUCGUCUUUUCCUCUUCAUUUUUUCACCUUCAUAGGUGCUUAAAGCAAACUUGUGCUGAUGUGAUCUAGUUAGUUGUAAACUUAUGUCUAUCUCUGUUGGUGUCCCAAAUCCAUGUUUGCUUUCACUGCUCAGCACGGACAGCAUGCAUUUCUCAUUUGGCCCCAUGAGACCAAUGUAAACAUUAUACACUGGGUAACAUGACCUCCUGGCAUGAAUACUGUGCUGUAAAAGAACACAGGAUGUUUAUCAGAUGUCUGCUUUUCUGCGGCUUUGUCAUCAUGCACAUACACACACCUUUAACAUAAACGCAUCUCAGACGAUGUCUUCUAGCACAUACAGUCAAGGAGAUAAUAGAGAGAUGUUAGUAAUUCUGAGAAAACAUGAGCUGGAUUGAAUCCAGAUACUCUCCCACGGAGUCACCUAUUGGUCCGUGGGAAGAGAGGGAAUGGCUGGAUGGAGGGAUAUAAAUGGAACGAACAAACAAACAUUCAAAAACCACAAAAUCAGUGCUGAAAUUAGACUCUUCCUCUUUUUUGUUGUGUGAUGCAUUUCGGAGUGAUUAACUGCAACCUUUGUGCACAUAAAUACAGUUAUAAAAUGAAAUAUAAAGUAACUUUAUUCUUCCAAUGAUUAUUGUUUCGACUCCAAGCCCCACUUCUAUUUGAACAGUUACACAACACACAGCUUUAACUGCAGGUUGGUAAUGCAAAGAUUUUGCAAACUUAUGAGCUAAUCUUUAUUUUUAUUGCACAAUACAACAUUUUACAGUGUAGUAAGUGACUGUAGAAGAGGAUCACAUGGAAGAGUGGCCCCUUUUCAAUUUAAUAACUAAAGUAUUGAAAAUGUGCCAGGUUUUCUUCUGUAAACGUACACAUUUAAUAUUUUUAUUGAGGGCAGCUCAGUCUAAAUGCAGCACAAAUUUGAAGAUCUGGUUGUAACUAUCAGAGUUAUUUUUGUA